AUGUCUCACGUAGCAGAAGAUCUUGUUCUCCCUCGCCCCGGUGCGGAAACCUCACCCCAGGAGCCGAUACAAGGCCCUUCGGAAGAAUCAUUCACAAAGACUUUCGGAGCACUCCUCCCACCCGCCAAGUUUCUCAAAACUGCCCACGGCAAAGUUGCGUACUAUGAGACCCUCUCUUCAGCGUCCGAGCGGCCAAUCGAUCGUGUACUUUUCAUUCAUGGCGUCCAGACCCCGGCAUUAGGCAUGCUUCCUCUCAGCCGCACGCUUGGAAAGUCUUUUCCUCAUGCGCACCUGGUUUUGGUAGAUCUCUGGGGCCAUGGAUUGAGCGACACGCCAAUUCUGCCCCAUGAACAGUCCUUGUUCCAUCAAUUGAUCGACGACUUGCUUGAUCAUCUCCAAUGGCCUUCGGCUCACCUCGUUGGUUUCUCCUUUGGUGGAGUUACCACGGCCAGCUACGUUGUAAAAAGACCAGCCCGGGUAAAGAGUUUCGUGCUCGUCGCUCCCGCUGGUCUUCUUCGUUCCUCAGAUUUCACGCAAGAGGAACAAUCUCACCUCCACGGGGGCGAUGAAAUAGCAGCGAGGAAAUGGGUCCUAGACUUCCUUGAGGGUGGUGAUCUUGUCGUGCCCAAUGACUGGGAAGAUAAGGUAGCAAAAGGUGAGAUCGUGGCUGAAGCAGUGAGACAUUGGCAGAUGCAAGAGCAUUCCGGACACGUAGCCUCUGUGGUAGCGAUAGUCAGAGAUGGCGGUGUGAUGGACUCACAUGCGCAAUUCUCCAAAGCGUCGCAGAUGGGAAUUCCAAAUCUCGCGGUGCUUGGUGAACUGGACGGUCUGGUCAACGCGCAGCAGCUUGAGGAGCAUGGGUUCAAGAAUGUUUUUGUUGUGCCUCAAGUUGGCCAUGGGGUGGUGAGGGAUAAAGUGGAUGAGGUUGCAUCUCAAAUUGGUACUUUCUGGGACAAGCUUGAUAAUUAA